UUCCGGGAAACUGUUUACGUUUUCAGACAACGCUGAAAAUGAACCUUUUGAAUCAAAUUGCGGUAUUUGAAGUAUCUGAUAUGGACGAGAGUUAGUUUUUUCGAGAAGGCCUACUGACAGCAAUGGAGUGGCGUACAUGGUGUCUAUUGAGGUAAUCAAUGACAAAAUAAAAUUUUGCCAGAGAACAUUGUGAUAGUAAAGCAGCCAUGUUGGUCAAGUGCUGAUGUUUCUGGAGGGGACAUGUGUCAGCCAAUGUCCUUCAGUGUCCAGAGGGAGGUUCAGCUUCGAUUUCUGUGUCCAGCAGAUAUUGAUGAGGUCAAGAAGUUGUGCAGAGAAUGGUUUCCAAUAGAAUAUCCGGAUACUUGGUACCAAGAAAUAACCUCCAACCCCAAGUUUUAUUCAUUGGCUGCAACCUACCAUUCAAGAAUAGUGGGAAUGAUUGUGUCAGAGGUCAAGUUACUAUCUUCCAUCAAUAAAGAGGAUGCUGACAUUCUGGCCAAUCAUCAUCCUCCGACUUCUCAGGUUGCCUACAUACUGAGCCUAGGGGUGGUUGUGGACUUCAGGAAACACGGGAUUGCUUCCUUGCUAUUGGACAGCCUGAUCUCUUACCUAACAUCAAAAGAUCGCUGUAAUUGUAAGGCUGUAUACCUUCAUGUGCUUGCUACAAAUGUAAUUGCUAUCCGGUUCUACGAGAAGCGUCGAUUCCAAGCUCACAGUUUCCUGCCUUAUUACUACUCUAUUCAGGGUAAACCCAGGGAUGGAUAUUUGUAUGUGUUGUACGUCAAUGGAGGAAAACCACCCUGGUCUUUUAUUGAUUACCUGGUCAACUGUGGAGUGAUGGUGUCCAGGCUUCAGCCGUGCGCCUUGCCAAGACAAAUUGUGCGGUCAGUUCGGGGAUGGCUGUGUCGUCUACUUGCAGGAGCCACAUCCAACUACUCUAGUUAGUUGUCAUUCCAACCUGUUUUUAUAUGUGUGUCACAGAGUACAAAUGUUCAUUAGUGUCCCACCAUUAAUUGUAUCAUGUUCUCUUAUGUUACAUGAAAAAUGUAAACUAAUUUAUUCGACAGCCAAAAUUGUUAACCAACAACAGUAUUUCGUUUUUGAUUGCUAGUUUUAUCUCUGGCAACAAAAAUAGGUAUACGGUACAAAAAAGUUUGUAUGUGUGACUGAUUGACAAUAAGUGCAAUAAAUAUGCAGAUAUAGCUUUAUAGUAUGAUGGUAUGAAUAUCAUGUAAUACAGACACAUGUAUGUAACAUCCAGUUUACAAGACCAUUCUAAUUAAAAUUAAAGUAAUUGUAGCUUUAAAUCCAGUAUUUGAUACAAAUUUGUUUUUACAAAGUGUGAAAGUGUUAAAUGUUAAUGUCAGAUCGGGGUAGUAGCUGCUACCGAACGCACUACCUUUCUUAUUGUAGUUUGGUAGCUUUGUUACCAAGGUCUAACGCUGUACAAUUAGUGACAUUUGGUUUGACGACAAGCAAUAUUCCUAUGUUGAUUUUGUUUUAUUUAGACAUGUGCUGUAAUUUCAUCUGAGUUGUGGAUGUCUUCUGAAUAUGGGCACUACCAGAACACUUUGGGACCUGUUUACGAAUAAGUCUUUAUCCACCAUGACUAGCAGACAUUGUCUUUAGACUUCAAACACAAAUGUAGGUAAAUUUUACAUAGGCAUUAUUUUCUGAAAGGAGUUUCUCAUAUGAGGUAAUGGGGAUAUGGAAAUUAAGAAUUCCCCAUACCUACAGAAGAUUAACUCUUUUCAUAUUUUGUGUUCAGAACAUAACGAUAGCUUAGAAAAAUUGUAUAUUAGGGGUGGAUAAUUCAAGAAAUUUUGAUAUCACAGUAUUUUAGAGAACAUUGAAAUAUAUCACAAGAAUAUAGUUUUGUUAGAAAUUCAAUACAUUUAAAGUCAGCUUUUCAUAGACUGAAUGUAAAGUGAACACCACUCUAGCAUGUUUUGAUGAUUAUAUGUGUGAUAUUGGAAGUUAACGAUCAAAGCAAGUUUAAUUUUGGAUACUACAUGUAACACUGUUUCUGUGAAAUUAUUUCAUAACUGCUUAGUAUGAUUUUUUUGCAAUAUAAUGCCAUUUCAAAAACAAAUUACAAUAUAUUAAUGAACAGAUAUUGCGAUAUAUUGGUGAUUAUUAUUGCCAACCCCUAGUUUGUAAAUCUUGUUACAUUGCCAAGUUGGGAGGUAAUAGGUAGAGGUUGGCACAGUUAAUUAUGUUGGGUAAAAUGUACUUACUAUCUUCAUGUCCUAUGUUAAGAUGCAACACAAAGCUAAUUGAUGGGUGAUUUUGUUGGGUGAUGAAGAAUGCAGGGUUUAAAUGUGGUUAUGCUGGUUACGUGUGCUGUUAACUGGUAUAGCAAAGAAAUGUCAGUUUUCUGACCUCAAGUACCCUUUCUUACAUUACACUAGUCCUCCUUCUAAUAAACUGACAAAAAUCUUGUAGAUGCACUAGGAUCAUUUAUGAACAAACAAAGAAAAUUAGUCUUUAUGAUUAUUAAAUGCAUUUGCAACCAUAAUCAAAUACCAUACAUGUAUCGAACAUGACCUUGUUGUAGACCAACCACUGCUGUUGUUGGUAUCUAUGGUAAAAUUGAUAGACCGACAAGUGCUGUUGUUGGUAUCUAUGGUAACAUUGAUAGACCGACAAGUCCUGUUGUUGGUAUCUAUGGUAAGUGUUAAACCAACCACUGCUGUUGUUGGUAUCUAUGGUAACAUUGAUAGACUAACAAGUGGUGUUGUUGGUAUCUAUGGUAACAUUGAUAGACCGACAAGUGCUUCUGUUGGUAUCUAUGGUAACAUUGAUAGACCGACAAGUGGUGUUGUUGGUAUCUAUGGUAAGUGUUAAACCAACCACUGCUGUUGUUAGUAUCUAUGGUAACAUUGAUAGACUGACAAGUGCUGUUGUUUGUAUCUAUGGUAAGUGUUAAACCAACCACUGCUGUUGUUGGUAUUAAUGGUAACAUUGAUAGACUGACAAGUGCUGUUGUUGGUAAUUAAGGUAAUGGUGGUUGACCAACCACUGCUGUUGUUAGUAAUUAAGGUAAUGGUGGUUGACCAACCACUGCUGUUGUUGGUAUCAUUGGUAACAGUGUUAGACCAACCACUGCUGUUGUUGGUAUCUAAGGUAACAGUGGUAGACCAACCAUUGCUGUUUUUGGUAUCUAAGGUAAUAGUUGUAGACCAACCACUUCUGUUGUUGGUAUCUAAGCAAGUGUUAAACCAGACCAACCACUGCUGGUGUUGGUAAUUAAGGUAAUGGUGGUUUACCAACCACUGCUGUUGUUAGUAAUUAAGGUAAUGGUGGUUGACCAACCACUGCUGUUGUUAGUAAUUAAGGUAAUGGUGGUUAACCAACCACUGAUGUUGUUGGUAUCUUUGGUAACAGUGUAAGACCAACCACUGCUGUUUUUGAUAACUAAGGUAACAGUGGUAGACCAACCAUUGCUGUUGUUGGUAUCUAAGGUAACAGUGUUAAACCAACCUCUGCUGUUUUUGGUAUCUAAGGUAAUAGUUGUAGACCAACCACUUCUGUUGUUGGUAUCUAAGCAAGUGUUAAACCAGACCAACCACUGCCGUUGUUGGUAUCUAUGGUAACAGUGUUAGACCAUCCACUGCCGUUGUUGGUAUCUUAGGUAAUGAUGGUAGAUCAACCACUGCAGUUGUUGGUAUCUAUGGUAACAGUGUUAGACGAACCACUGUAACAGUUUUAGAUGAACCACUGCCGUUGUUGGUAUCCACGGUAAUGAUGGUAGAUCAACCACUGCAGUUGUUGGUAUAUAAGGUAACAGUGUUAGACGAACCACUGCCGUUAUUGGUAUCUAUGGUAACAGUUUUAGACCAACCACUGCUGUUGUUGGGACCUAAGGUAA